AUGCGGUACAUUCACUCCGAGGAACGGCUGCCCAUCCCCGAGAAUGUGAAGGUUCACAUUCGCUCGCGGGUUGUGACCGUCGAGGGCCCCCGAGGCAAGCUGGUCAAGGACCUCUCCCACAUCGCCGUUACCUUCGGCCGCCCCGAGAAGGACGUGAUCUCCAUUGAGAUGCACCACGGUGUCCGCAAGGGUAUCGCCGCCCUGCGUACCGUCCGUACCAUCAUCAACAACCUGAUCAUCGGUGUCACCCGCGGCUUCAAGUACAAGAUGCGCUACGUGUACGCUCACUUUCCCAUCAACGUCAACAUCGAGAAGAACGCCGAGACCGGUCAGUACGAGGUCGAGAUCCGUAACUUCCUGGGUGAGAAGUACGUCCGUCGUGUGACUGCCCAGCCCGGUGUCGAGGUCAUCACCUCCCCCAACGUCAAGGAUGAGCUCCAGCUGUCUGGUAACUCCCUGGAGGGUGUCUCCCAGAGCGCUGCCGACAUCCAGCAGAUCUGCAGAGUCCGCAACAAGGAUAUCCGAAAGUUCCUGGACGGUCUGUACGUGUCGGAGCGUGGUAACAUCGUCGAAGAGUAA